AUGUCCCUCUCCUCCUACCUAGCCAAAAACUACCUCACCGCCUCCACCUCCUCUUCCAGCACACCUAAAAAGCGCAAACGUAAGGCUGCACUCCAAACCGGCCUCACAAUCGCUGAUGACGAUGCCCCUGGUUGGUCCAAUCCUCAAGAUAAUAUCUCCGAUGACGAGACUCCCAUGAUAUCUGCCUCCUCUUCCGAAUUCCGCAAAUCAAAGAAAUCAGCCUGGAAAACCGUCGGUGUGCCGGCUCUACAACCGCCAAAUGAAGAUAAUGCAGAAGCAGAUAGAAUAAUACAGCAAGCUGCUGCAGAGAACUCAGCUGCGCUUCACCAGGAUGAAGAGCCCACGAUAGAAGAAAGCCGCGGCGGACUCCAAACCGCCGAUGCGACAUCUGCACAAUUUGAAAAGCGCAAACGGGACGAAGCUGCACAGUGGGCGCGGGAAUCUGCAAAUAAUGGAUCUAGCAAGAAUAAGCACAAGGGAGAAGAAACAGUAUAUCGAGAUGCAACAGGUCGACGAAUCGACAUCAGUAUGCGCCGCUCGGAAGCCAAGAAAGAAAUGGAUGAGAAAGCUCGAAAGGAAUUGGAAGAGAUAGAGGCGCAAAAAGGUGAUGUGCAAUUGAUGGCCAAAGCAAAGAGGAGAGAAGAUUUAGAUGAAGCACGGUUUAUGCCGCUGGCUAGGGGAGUGGAUGAUGUAGAGAUGAAUGAGGAGUUAAAGGAGGUCGAUCGGUGGAAUGAUCCCGCGAUGCAGUUUUUGAGCAAAGAGAAGAAGGGGAAGAGUAGGACGGGCAAACCGUUAUAUCAAGGUGCCGCGGCGCCGAAUCGAUAUGGAAUACGUCCGGGUCAUCGGUGGGAUGGCGUGGAUAGGGGGAAUGGGUGGGAGGCGGAGAGGUUUAAAGGGGAGAACAGGAGGGUGCGGAAUAAGGAUUUGGAUUUUCAGUGGCAGAUGGAUACUUGA